AUGGAUUUACUUGUUUCCAAAGUCCUGAAAACUGUUCUUUCAAACUACGUGAAGUCAUGUCCAAGUCUUGGGAGUGGAAAUGAUAUCAAAGUUGGUGUUAAUAGUGUUCUCCAUCUUAAAGAUGUUCAACUCAAAGAAGAAGUAAUGAGACAAAUGUUACUCCUCCCACAACAAAUCAGUGUCUUAAAUGCAUCAUGUGCAGAGAUGGAUGUCACUGUUCCACUUGCUCUAAUGAAGAAGCCAAUAAUUAUCCAGGCCAAAGGUAUUAGACUUCAAGCAAAAGAAGACACCGAAGGCGAGUUUGGGAAAACGGUUUUGGUCAUUAAAAACACAUCAAAAAAGUCAAAACGACAAAUCAUCGACACAAUAUUACUCAACGUGACAGACUUCAUUGUUGAGUUUGAAACUGGCGAUACCAAGUUAAUAGUUUCAUUCGACACCUUAUCUACUUACUUUGCAAAUGACAGGUAUGAGAAAGUGAAUGAAGUUCCUCAACCAUAUGUAGACGGUGAUACAGUUAACUUUUAUAGAGUCCUGGAGGUUAGUGGGUUGAAUGUAAAGAUGUCGCGAGAUAAUAAAGAGUUUAAUUUACUGAGAAACGUCACUGUAUCGGGUCAAAUAUCACAGAAAAGAGACGCGGAGACAUACCAACUUAUCGACACAAACGUUCGACUUAACAUUAACAAACUUCGCCUUUUACUCUUAACGGAAGAAUAUAUGUCCCUCUCGAAAUUUCUCUUCCACAUGAUCACGUUGUACACAUCUUCUCUUGUUUUGAGGAAUGAAAGUACUAAGAAGAAGAAUGAAAUCACCAAAAUGAAUCGGAAUGGUGUGCAACUGUUAAUUGGAACAGUAGAAAUCACUGUGAAAAACGACAACUCGACACAGGUCCUCAGAUUUGUCACAGAGAAAUUUAAAGGGAAUGUUAUCGUCGAAACAAUUGCCGAUAUGAGCACCUUAACAUUAGAGACUGGCGUGUCUAUGGUAGAAAUGAUGUACGAGAUGAAUGGUGUUGGCAAGAGAGUGUUGAGUGGGUUUGGUGAUCACGUUCUUGAGACCAAAUUGAUGGUUAACAGGACAUCGGGAGUCCUCGACAAAAUCAAAUUGGAUUGUACUUUUGAUGGUGUUGAAGUGUCUUUGGAGAGUGAUGUUGUCCUUCAACUUAUUGCUUUCACCAAGUCGGCGAUUUUAGACAAAGUGAAUGUCGCGAGUGAGAAACCCGCCAAAGUCGAACGUAUUGAAACUGUUGAAGAGAAAGACAAAGAGGGCAAGGGGAAAUUGGGAUUUAUUGGAACGAUCCAACAGUUCUUAGAAAUUGGGAAGACGUGGCUUUCAUUGAUCUCCGAGAAGACUGGACACCACGAUUUUGUGGAGUUGCUCGAGCAAGUUGAAAUCAACUUGGAGAUGAAGAAGAGUGUUUUGAGUAUUCCUUUUGCAGAGGGUGGAGGGUGUAAUAUAAUUGUUGAUGCCAUUCAACUGACCAACAAGCCAUCCUUCUCGCAAAUAGCGACCACAAAAUACAGUACCGAAGUGUUACAACGUAGUUUGGAGGUCUACGAGAAGACCAAACAAUUGAAGUUGUCGAUAGGGUGUGGAGGAAUGAAAGUGAUUUAUUUGACGCAAAAAGGUGAUAAGACAGAAGCGCUCUUACCAAUGAAAGGAAUAUUAAAUGUCAUGGUAUAUAUGGAUACAAUGAAUCGAGUUCGAAUGAUUGACAUUGAAUGGGUGAUCAGUUCCAUCUCAAUGCACAUCACAUCGGACUUGGCAAUUUCUUUGUCGAAAUAUUUCAAUAGACUUGGAAAAGAAGUCACAAAAGGCAUCUCGUCGCAAAUGGCCGCGUUAAAAGAGAAAGUCAACGAGAAGAUUUACCAAACGAGUUUCAUCGAAGAUUUCUUGAAAACCGUCAAAGAAUUUGUUCUGCCACUUUUGGAUGAUAAAACGACACCACGGCUUUCGAUGGGGAUAAUGAUUCAUAAAGGUGUAUUCGAGUUCCCAUUCGCGACAAUGACCGGAACAACUCACGAAGAUACUACAAGUGUCUUUGAAGUCGAAGACAUGUGUAUUGCGCUUGUCGGAGAUGCUUCAAAUCGUGGAUUUUGUGUGUUCAUUGACAACCCAAAAUCAGACAAAGUAGAGAAAUGCCUUUCACCAUUUGAAUUUGUCACGUCGAGAAAAGUGGAUCAAAUUGAACACGCUAUAUAUAUGAGAGGGUCGUAUGACGUUGGGAGAUUGUUUAGUGAGGAGAAACAACUCAAGAUUGACGUCAAACUUCAAGGUAUUGACGUUGGAAUAUCGUCAAUCUUCGGAAUUGGUGGAAAGAAUUGGAUUGAAUCGUAUAUCCAACCAAAAGAAAAAAAGAAGGACGAGGAUUUAAAAAUCGGAACGAGAGAGGAAAAAACAUUGAAUGACAAAAAUAAUAAAAUUGUUGUCAUGCUCGUUAACUUUUUUAAAGAUUUGUACCACGGAUUUGAAUUCUCGUUUACUAUCUCGGACUGUAAUUUUAAAAGCGAGGACAAAACGUCUUCCGUCAUUAUCGCGUCAAAAGGACGACAAAACGAAGGAAAUGAUGACUUGAUUAAAAGACUUUCCGAAGAUAUCGCAAAACUGCAAAUGGCGAAUUUCGAGUUAGUUGAGGAAAUGAACACACUCAAGAAGCAACUUGUGAAAAAGAAAAAGUGA